AUCUGUAGUUUUGCGUUUGGAAGUGGUGUUGUUAAAGUAUGGUUGUAGAGACUGAGUAUUAUGACAGACUGAAAGUAUUUCCGACGGCAAGCGAUGUAGACAUUCGAAAGGCAUAUCGUAAGCUCGCGGUGAAGUAUCACCCAGACCGAAACCCAGACCCGGAUGCUGCCGAGAAAUUCAAACAUUUGAGUGAGGCCUAUGAAGUCUUGUCCGAUCCGAAUAAACGGCAGAUGUAUGAUACAUAUGGCAAAGAAGGAUUGUCUAGGAACACGUCAGUGGAUCCGAUGGAGAUCUUCGAAAGGUUCUUUUCGGGAGGCAUGUUCGAGGGCUUCGGACCUCACACUGAGAGGAGGAAGCAAUGUGCGGAUGACUUCGUUCACAAGAUACAGUGCACACUAGAAGAGCUGCAUACGGGUUGCAAGAAAAAGUUAACGUUUAUGAGAUCAAGAAUAUGUAAAGUUUGUUCAGGAACUGGAGCAAGGCCGGAGUUGGGCUCGCAUUCAAGAACAUGCAAUAAGUGUGAUGGACGCGGAGUGGUCAUCUACCGAAAACAAAUUGGAAUCAAUAUGAUGCACCAGGUGCAAACGGUGUGCAAUCAAUGCGGGGGAACUGGUGAGAUGAUCAAGGAGGAAGAAAAAUGUAAUAAUUGCGCGGGGAAGAAGGUAGUUAGUGAGCGUAUGUCUCUCCCGGUCACAGUGAAAGCUGGAAUGGAACAUGACGAGAAAAUAGUGAUAGAGAAAGAGGGAGACGAGGUGCCAGGCAUGGAGCCGGGAAAUAUAGUUCUGUAUAUCGAGCAGAUCAAGCAUGACUUGUUCGAGCGUGUUGAAAGCGAUUUGUAUAUGAAAAAGACUUUGUUACUUUCGGAGGCGCUUUGUGGGUUUAAAUUUACAAUUCCUCAUCUUGAUUCGAGCACUCUUCUUGUCGAAUCAGAGCCUGGCGAGGUGAUUUCCCCUGGUGAUGUUCGUUCCAUACAAGGAGAAGGAAUGCCUCACUCUAAGAAUCCAAAGCUACGAGGAAACUUGUGCAUCAUCUUUGAUGUGAAGUUCCCCCCUAGAAUGUCGCUUUCUCCUGCCAGUAUCAGCGCCAUUCAUAAUGCAUUACCCAGGGCACAUCCCGUCAACGAGAAGAAGGAAUCAGAUUUGAGGCGUGUGAAACUGUCUUCUGAGUCAGUCCAGCUGCCUCACAAGAAGAGUAAUUCCAAGAGUCAGCAGCGAUCUCGAGAACGAGAAUAUGACUCUGCAACCUCUUGUGUUCAAAGUUAAUUCAUACAAAUAUGCAAUUUUGUCUAA